AUGUCCGGGGCCGACAAAUCGUUCUCAUACGCGGAAUAUCUGCACCCAGACGAUGCGCAUCUGGACGAUCCGUUUGAUCUCCAGCCCACAGACGGAGAUGGUUUAGAAUUCCAUACGGACGAGGAUAUGUCUGCAGGCGAACAAGGCAUGUCCGUGGAAGAGGGGCUUGCUCACCAAAUGUCUCCACCGCAUCCAGAAACUCCCAGCGUGGCUUUUGAAGACCUGGACAAACUAUUCGACGACCAUGACCAAGAGAUACGAGCGAAAAUAGAGGGAGCGGAUGGUGCUACAACAACCGAUGGUCCAUCCGACAAUCAACAACAGGCCACUUCGGCUAAUGACACCGUCUACGAUUCUGCUUCGAAAAUUCAGGCUUUCACUGAUGAUGCACCGAGAAACACUGCGCCAAAGUCAGUCUUAUCCAAGAUCUCCCGUUCAAGAGAGAUCGAGUCAGCAGAUAGUAUAUCAAGCCCAAUGAGUUCAAGCAACGCCGCUCGAACUGAGGAGGCCACCGGCGCUGAGACUCCUGACAACGAGACAUCUCCUGGCGAGACCACCGACAUUGAAAUGUCCGACAUCGUCACUCCAGCCUCUUCGAGCUACAGCAUCUUGGACGAUGAUAUCAUUGACGAGUCUCCUUCGAAAGACGCAAAGUCGGACAGGAGGGAAGGGGGCAGAAUACGGAAGUGCCCUUCUUUCAUGAACCUAUCUCCAUUGCCUAAGGCAUUGGCGGCGAUGUAUAAAUCGAAAAAGGACCAGGAGCGCGUGGCUCGCGGCGUCGAUCUUAUCAGCUCGACCUCGCCAACUCAGGAUCCGUCUCCUGAACCGCUGGCUUCUGCAACGUCGGCAAUCACUAUAGGUAGUCGGGCUCCCUCUCAGGAAAAGUCUCCGAGUUCCGUACCCGAGCGCGUUCGUGGCUUCACUGCUAUCAAUAGACCCGCCAUCCAACAAAGUCAAGAGGCGGGUAGCAGCAACGGUUCACGCCCAGCACCUCGGCGCCCGUUGCCAACGAGCAGGCCCAAAAAGCAACAGAAUCAAGAGGUCAACAAAGAAAAUAAAAAAGUGCCCUCGCCGCCAGCAGUCGAACCAGCGGCUGAAGGAAAAGCCGCCCUAAUAGCGAGAAAGAAGAUGCCGACGAAACCUACAGCAGCCGCGAACAACAAUACGCGGACCAACACUGCCACACCGGCAGACAAGAAGCCGCAGUCAAAGGCCACGAGUGGCGAAAGGGAGAUCUGCAAAUGCUCCAAGUGCGUGGAAAGCAACCCCGAGGGGAUCGAGCAGUGCACCAAGACGAAGAAGGAGCAUAGUCGCUCUGACAAGGAAAGGAAUAAAGGCAUGAAGCCCGCCGUUCCUUGCGAACGUUGUCUCCAAAAUAACAAGGGAGAUGAAUGCUUCUAUAGCGGAGGCAAAGUCUGCUCAAGGUGUAUGAAGUUGAAGGAGCGAUGCUCCUUGAAUCCAGUCCCCGGGAAGGGAAGGAAGAGAGAUCAGGAUAAAGUGAAGCGGGAGCAGAAGAAGACUGAGGGCCCUGCCCGGGAUAAGGACACGGACGAGGCGGAGGAGGUAUCGGAGGUUGUGGAACCCCCGAACAAGAAGGCGCGCACGAGGGCCAGCAAGAAGACCUCUCCAGCUGCGCGACAGUCGCCUAGUAGCCCUCCUGCUCGAGGCAAGGCUGGCGAGCCGCCUGCUUCCAGUGGUCGCGAGCGUAGCUCCAGCGAUGAUGGUUCUCGGACCAUUGGUGGGAGUCCGUCUUCAAGCGGUGCCACAGCUGGCGAGAGAGGGGAGUCGUCUUCGAGUGAACCAUGCGGUUCUCCCCCCGGAAAAGGAAGAGUUCAGGACUCACAUGAUUCCUAG